AUGAGAUACGGCGGCAUUGACUUGCGCGAUUACGGGAAGUGCACGACCAGCGGUGCUCUUGGCGACGAGCCAGGCGCUUCUCAUCACCAACUUCGGAGCUGCUCAUCGGGUACGAAUGCUGCUGGACUCGGGGGUAUUCCUCUAGCGGAUCCAGAUUUCUCAGUUCCGGAUGCGGUGGAUCUCAUACUGGGCGCAGAUGCAUACGGGAAACUGGUACGUUCUCAAAUUCGACGCGGGUCUCCUGAGGAACCCAUCGCACAAAAUACGAUAUUCGGGUGGGCAAUAUUCGGGCCCUGCAACGAAGCUCACAAUUCGUCGGGUUGGGUGCAGCAUGCCGCUGUCGAUCACGGGUUUCAGGCUCUCCAGGACCUCCUCGCGCAAUUCUGGGUGCAAGAGGAGGUGCCAGUGCAGUUCGGAUCGGAUCUCACAACGGAAGAGCAAGAAUGUGAGGCUCACUUCGUUGCUACACAUUCUCGGGACAAUUCGGGUCGAUAUAUCGUUCGGUUGCCUCUUCGGUCGUCCACAAUCCAGCUCGGUCAGUCAUUUCAUACGGCGCACGCUUGCCUUAAUCGGCUCGUACGAAAGCUCGACCGGGACUCUCACUACAAGGGACUUUACGACACAUUUCUCGGGGAGUACGAGUCCCUCGGGCACAUGUCGCGGGUGCGGGACGACGAAGUCGGUCGAGAUCGGGUCUAUUAUCUCCCUCAUCACGGGGUCUUGACGACAAAACUUCGGGUAGUGUUCAACGGGUCAUGUAACACGGAUUCCGGGACCUCAUUAAACGAUCUCAUGCACACGGGCGCCAAAUUACAAAAGGACAUUUCGGAUGUUCUCCUUUGGGCACGGCGCCACCGAUUCAUUUUCGCGACUGACAUAGUCAAAAUGUUUCGGCAAAUUCGGGUUCACCGGGACGAUUGGGAUUUACAACGAAUUCUUUGGGUGGAUGAAAACGGGAACACGGCUCAUUAUCACCUGACUACAGUCAUCUACGGGACACGGUCAGCUCCGUUUCUCGCGGUACGGGUGCUACUCCAACUGGUAGCAGACGAAGGGGAGAAAUAUCCGGCCGCAGUCGCUCCUCUUACAAUGGGGCGAUAUGUGGACGAUAUUUACGGGGGGGCUGACCAAGUUUCGGAACUUCUCACCCAGGCGCGACAUCUCAUCGGGAUUUGCACGGCGGGCGGCUUCCCGCUGGCAAAAUGGCAGAGCAACAGUCCGGCUUUACUCACAAAUCUGGGGUUCGGGUCGAGUCCAGAGGAUUCACGCUCAUUCGACGAGUGCGAAACAAAAGUUCUCGGGCUCGCAUGGUUUCCGGGGCCGGACGUCUUCAAAUUCACCUCACUUCCGUACACGGGCGAGCAAAGCAUUACCAAACGGGUCAUACUCUCGGAAAUUGCUCAGAUCUACGAUCCCCUCGGGUUCCUCUCACCGGUGGUCAUUCGGGCAAAAAUCCUUCUACAACGAUUGUGGCUGGAAAAACUCGCUUGGGACGACCCCGUAUCCACGGAGGUCGGGAAAUCAUGGGUCACAUUUCGUCACGAUCUGGCGCACGUCGGGAACAUCGCGGUUCCGCGGUGGCUCAACAUGACCUCGGAUUCCGCCGUUGAGAUUCACGGGUUCUCUGACGCCUCACAGUUGGCAAUGGGUGCGGUCGUGUACGUUCGGGUUACGGGUCCAGGAAAGAGCACCAGAACCGCGCUGGUCUGCUCGAAAACGAAAGUCGCGCCGAUCAAACGGCUCACCAUUCCGCGUCACGCUUACAUGGAUCACCUCUCAUCCUUCACGAUGGAAGGAUUUCGUUCGGAAUCGGGUAUCCUCAAUUCAAGAGCUCAUUCCUCAGGGUCAAUGGAGAUUCAUUCCCGGGCGGGACAAUCCGGCGGAUUGUGCUUCACGGGGACUAACCGUCUCUCAGCUCGAGCAAUUUCAAUUAUGGUGGAACGGGCCACACUGGUUAGUCAAAUCAUCCUCACAUUGGCCAACUCAUUUCCCCGGGACGGCAGAUUCAGCGGCGCUCGAAGAGCGGCCAGGUCUUACGCUCACUGUCUCAACGCAACCCUCACCGGUCUUCGACCUCAUUCAUCGGUAUUCCUCCCUCACCGGGCUGUUGAGAAUUACUUCAUUACUUUUCAAGGCGCUUACAAACCUGAAAGGUGCGGGUCAGGAUUCAUCGGGCUCACUCCUCACACCGGGCGACCUGGAACACUCACAACAAUACUGGGUCAAGGCAAUUCAAGGGGCCUACUUCGCGACGGAGCUCAAGAUUCUCUCGGCGGGUCAAACGCUUCCGAAGUCGCAUCCAUUCACACGACUUACGGCGUUUAUUGA